GCCAAAGCUGCGGUGCCAGCUUGGUCAAACCAAGGAUUACACGGUCGACCCAAUCAACCUGUUGUCAUCGAACCCCACCUCACAGAUUGCUGCCGUGACCGUGAUCUCGUAAGCAGCUGGGGGCCCGCGGGUGUUCUGCUGGAGCGCAGCUGCCGCACCAAAUUGCUCGAGACCCAAUACGUACACCACCGUCGAUCAGAGAUAUGCAAUGCCGACACCAAGAGAGCCAGCCUAGCCCUUGCUGACAUGUUGCCCUGAAUGCCACUGCGGAGACCAAGUAUCUGGCAUAAGCGUGGUUCGCCCUGCACUUGGCAACCGCUGUCUGUUUGAUCCUUCCAGGCGAAUACAGAAGUGAGGAGGUCUCUGACACGUUAUACCUGCAGAGGAAAAUGCCCAUUCGAGGUCGAAGGUGGGGGCCAAAUGAGACUCGGUGCCGAAGCGACGACCACAACGCCCCGGUGCCUUCAGCUGUAGCGCAACCAUCGGUGGACAGGAUGGUGGGAUUGCCAACCUCCUUAUCUCUGUGCGCGGCAGUCCAGUCGAGCAGGGCACAAUACUUGUCUCUCUGGCCAGAGUGUAUGCGGGAGGGGGGCUGGCGGCCAUUGUGACUGACUGUGCUGAUGAGUUCCUGUCGCGCUUGUCCAGCCCAAUCGGGCGCUUGUGCAACCUUGCGCCUGCACUUGUCACACAAUCCCGGCGGAGUUUGGGGGCGACCAAGGGACGACUUGUCGGUACCAUAUCGUACCAUAUCGCAAAGAGAAGAGAGAAAACCCAAAUGCCUCGCUCAAUCAUCCGAGCCAGCGCUUACCCGCGCCCUCGGUCCAGCGUCGUGGCUGAAGUGUGUCGAACGAUGGGAGGAUUUGGCGCAUGUCGGUCAUUCCACCAUUCCACACAGGAUGAGAUCAGGAUGAGCGCAGACGCUCUGUGUAACCCUGGAACAUGUAGCAAUGCCCCCGGGGCAGGCAGACGCCGUGAUGGACCUCACAAGUGGCCAUGAUGGGCAGUGCGAUGAGGCUGGGGCUUGGACAACUGGAAGAGGAAAGAAGAAAACUGCAAGAGCUAAGUGGUUGUGGCCUGUACUCCGUGCUGUGUGGUGCUAUCUAAAGCAUUCCCAGUCUUGGGUGGUCGUCGCGGGCAAGGGUCUGUGCGCGCCCAGGUGGCCCCGGGAGCGUGACAUCACCAGCGCCCAGAGAAGCUCCCAAAUUUCUUUCGCUGCAUUCACUGCAGUCCCCCGGAGCCACGCAGAACCGCCCGAUUUGCGUCCAACAAAGCCGUCUCACCACACACGCUCGAGCACCAUCACCGCAGCCAUGGAUCAAGUACUGGGAGGACUCAACGCCAAUGAGCAGCGCGAGCUCGAGCAGCGCAUGCAGAAGCGCCAGGUGAAGGAGUUUGUCAGUCUCUUCGGCAACCUGGUCGACAACUGCUUCAUGUCCUGCAUUGACGACUUCACCUCCAAGGCCGUCUCGUCGCGUGAGAAUGGCUGCGUCGCCCGCUGCGUUCAAAAGACCAUGGCUACCCAGGCCCGCCUGGCCGAGCGUUUCCAGGAGCACAAUGCCGAGAUGUCCUCCAAGAUGGGCGGACAAUAGAAAUCCACCGCCGCUGGAGGACAGGAUGAGCAGGCUACCGGGAGAAGUUAGCCCGUGCUGGCAGCCGAAUCUUGUCCGACAUUGGGAUGUGAUGGCCCGGGGACAAGAUAUAUCGUGUUUGGGUUUGAGGAGGGCUCAGAUGCGGCUCGUUAUGCAGAGCAGACACGUUACGCCAACCACAAUAGUGUUCGGGGCUGGGGACUCGUACGCCUGGAGCAACUUUUUUUUUCGGACUCGACAGCAUGGGGCUACGAGUUGUUCAUGAACACAACUCUGUCAGCAUGUCCGUAAGGUUACGGUAGGGGGUUCUUCACCACAAGUGGUAAUACCAUAACUCAGCUCUAAAUGAGAAAGCACCAAUGGGAAAGAAACUUUUCGACU